UUUUGGUUAGACUCCAAAAUUAAUAAUUUAUUUUUUAUAUGAGGUAAAAACGCUUUUGACUUUUUGUUUUCAAGAACUGUUUGAAUUUUUGCGGCUACGGAUUUGUAAAUUUUGGAUUAUACUAACUUCUUAAAUUCGCGGUCAAAAUAUUAUAAGAACUUGUGAAAAGUAAUUUUUCAGUAAUGGACGCUAGCUCACAUCCCAGUCUUACUUAUUUAAAAUCGCACUUUGAGCUAGAAGAUAGCAUUUUAGAUCAAAUACUUUUAUUGGAAGAUGAGUACAAGAACCACUAUGAACUCCAUACCAAAGAACUGAAAAAACAGGAAUUUUGGGUUAAUCGGAUGGUGAUAUUAACGGAACGCUUACAUAAAGUUGAAAACUCAGAUAUUUAUUGCGAAUACCUAAGCCAUGAGUUUGCGAAUUUACCAAAUGAGCUUAUACGGGAAUAUGGCAUCAAGCUAGGAAACUUACGAAGCUCAAUUUGUCGUUUAAUGGUUUCCAUCCACAAUUUGAAAAAGACAUGUCUUAAAUUCGAGGAACUAUGUUCACGUUUAGACAUGUCUGUUCAGAGUCCAUUGAUAACUGGUGAUGAAUUUCAUAAGCCGUUAGGAUAUUUCAUGGAAUUCUUGCCAAAUUUGUUCAAGUAUUUCCAUGCAAGAACUUUGAAGUUGAAAUGUUGCGCCCAUCUGCUCGAUCCAGAAGAAUUUGAAUGUUUGGGAAACUAUAUGGAAUUGGUGAAGAGGAACGAUGAUUUUGAACAUUACUUCAGAAAGGGAAUGGUCUAUUGUAAUUGCUUCAGUCGUGAGAAAUUACAAUGUAAGUGAAUAUGGACGAGAGCAAUUUUCAAGAGCUGCCUACUGUCGAUACUAAGUAUAAAUCAGAUACCAAAAUCAAAAAAAAAAUGUGAAUUUAUUUUUAUAAUGUUAUUUUUAUUUCUGCGUUGAAAUAA